AUGUCCUCCUCCAUCUCUGUCCUCGCUGGGAAACCCAUGAACAACACGCCCAAAAUAUACGCCAUCUUUGGAAUCUUCUUGCUGUCGCUCUUUGCUGUAUCGUUCCCCAGCAUAUCCAAACGGACUCGGCUACUACGCAUACCGCAUGUCGCGUUUUUCAUUGGAAAGCACUUUGGGACUGGCGUCAUCCUAUCCACUGCCUUCUGCCAUCUGCUACAAGACUCGUUUGAGCACCUUCAGAACCCGAUAUUGAAGAAAAAGUAUCCCAAAGUGGGCGAGCAAACCGGAUUAAUAAUACUAAGCUCUUUGCUCUUCAUCUUCUUCGUCGAAUAUAUAUCGACCUCCUACGUCGAUUUCCUCCAUGCAGAGUCUUCAGCACCUUCAUCUCCCGCCAUCUCCGCUCCACCCUCGCGCCCGCACUCUCCCCAACCCAUAGUAAUGGAAACGACCCCGCUAUUGGUUCCUGUGCAUUCCAAAGCCAACCCCGAUUAUGUCGCCGCCAUCCUCGCUCCACCAAGACACUGCCCGCUUAGCCGACACGAUGGUCGGUUGUUGUCUAUAUGUGUAACAACAGCGAACCAUGACCGAGCUCCCGUCCAUCUCCCGCAAGAUGUGGCCGAGUCAGAGGCAGAUGAGCCAACUCCUACGAUUGGGAGAGGGAGGCAGAUGGUUGGAAUCAUUGUUCUUGAACUGGGAAUUAUGCUGCAUUCACUAGUCAUUGGUUUGACGUUGGCCUUGACGACUGGUGGCGACUUUACUUCGCUACUCACUGCCAUCAUAUUUCAUCAGCUCUUCGAGGGACUGUCGCUUGGUAUCCGGAUAGCCUCUUUACCGCCUGCAAAGCACCACCCCCGCCGCGAUUGGUUCUCCAUCACGCUCUCCCUUCUUUUCGCACUUACGACACCUCUUGGGCUUGCGGUUGGUGUUGCCGCAUUCAAUGGGCAGAGUGCCAAAUCAAAACCCCUGGCUACAACACUUCUCAUCAAAGGGAUAAUGUCUGCUGUCUCCGCAGGGAUGCUGAUAUACGCGACGACUGUCGAGAUGCUUGCGGCAGACUUUGUGUACGGGAACCUCGAGGACGGAAUGGGCCACUCACAUGGACAUGGUGGCCACUCACAUGAUGUCGAGCAGGAGGACGACAAACCAGACGCUUCUGGCAAGCCCGCUUCGGCUGGGAGACGGGCAUUGGCGUUAGGGAGCCUGUUAGCUGGUGUGGGUAGUAUGGUGCUUGUUUCGCUGGGGGAGUAA